CAAAGUCCAAACAUCCCAAUAUCUGUUCCUCUCCUUCCCUCUUUCUCUCUGCUUUUGCUUCUUCUCCCUGUUGUUUCUCACAAAGCACCCAUUUGGAAGCCAUUUAUUUACGAUAUUAUCCACUCUUCUCCUUCAAUUUCUUCAAAACGACGGCGUUUCGGCGAUGGAUGGUGGGCCGCAGUACAAUCCUCGAACUGUAGAAGAGGUUUUCAGGGAUUUUAAGGGUCGCAGAGCGGGCAUGAUCAAAGCCCUCACCACUGAUGUUGAAGAGUUCUACCAGCAAUGCGAUCCCGAGAAGGAAAAUCUUUGCCUUUAUGGAUUCCCUAAUGAACUGUGGGAAGUUAAUUUACCUGCUGAAGAGGUGCCGCCUGAGCUCCCUGAACCUGCCUUAGGUAUUAAUUUUGCCAGAGAUGGGAUGCAAGAAAAGGACUGGUUGUCUCUGGUUGCUGUGCACAGUGAUGCUUGGUUACUUGCUGUGGCCUUCUAUUUUGGUGCCAGGUUUGGUUUUGAUAAAGCUGACAGGAAACGUCUUUUCAAUAUGAUUAAUGAUCUUCCAACAAUAUUUGAGGUUGUGACUGGAGCUGCAAAGAAACAAGUAAAGGAGAAGUCAUCAGUUUCGAACCAUAGCAGCAACAAAUCCAAGUCAAACUCGAAAGUGAGAGGAUCUGAAUCAGCUAAAUAUUUAAAGGGUGGGCAGCCAAAGGAUGAGGAAGAAGGAUUGGAUGAGGUAGAUGAGGAGGAGCAUGGGGAUACCUUGUGUGGUGCUUGCGGAGAGAACUAUGCUUCAGAUGAAUUCUGGAUAUGCUGCGACAUAUGUGAGAAAUGGUUCCAUGGGAAGUGUGUGAAGAUCACCCCUGCGAGGGCUGAGCACAUCAAACAGUACAAGUGCCCCUCAUGCAGCAACAAGAGAGCAAGGCCUUGAUAUAUCCCGUUUGAGGUGGGCAAAUUCUCACCUUCUGUAAUUCCUGUGUUGAACUCAACUAACUGUUUAGUUGGUAAGAUUUUCUCUUUCUUGGUCCUUUGUCACGGUAGAUGUAUUGAAUACUAUGGUCUUAGGAAUGUUGUUACUUGUUAUUUGGAUGUACUCUAGUCUGCAGGUCGUGAAACAUGUUCUUUUCUAUUCUGAAUUGGAAUAUAUAUUAGUUUCUUCUCUACAGAAAAACAUCUGUAGGUGUGGUAGGCCUUGUUUAUCGUC